CUUGGGAAUCAUAGAGGGUGUCAGAAGCUACACCCCGCGUCCGUUGUGCGCAGCCAUGGGACCUGUCCUUCCUGCCUUCCGCAUACUCGCUGCCCUGCUGAGUGUUCCCUUUGCCAUCGUGUCAUUCUUUAUCGCCAACCCGGAGAAGGUGAAGUUCGCCCAAGAGCAGGCUUCGCUGCCUUUGCCAAAGCGAGUGCUCACGUUCUUCAGCCAAUUCGCGCACCUCACCGUGGUGUCACACGAGCUGACCAGCGGCUACUUUGCAUACCUGGUGCUGAGCGAUUUUGGUCUGCUGAAUGUGGACCAAUACUGGCUAGAGCUGUACUUUGCAGUGGCAACUUCGGUGGCUCUUUUUGUAGCGCUGGUGUUUUGGGGGUGCGCCCUGAUCGACCCUGCGCUGAUGGCGCCGGUGGAUGUCAUCAUCCCAUCCAAAUAUCAGCUCACGGCUGAGUUCAAGCAGCAUCUCAUGUUCGGAGCGAUGUUCGGGCCUACGGAUCCAGAUCCCAGCUGCAGUUGGCAGACGGGGUUCAGGCUCUUCAUGCAGUAUGUCCAUACCUUGUGCCCCAUGUUUCUGGUUGUUGACAUGGCCUUAGCCGAGCAUUCGCCGUUGGAAGCCAAUGUAGAGAUCAAUGCGACCCUGGCGUUUGCUGUGAGCUACAUUUGUUGGAACCUCUUCUGCUGGUGGCUGUUGCGGGUACCGCCCUACCCGCUGCAAAAGCGCCUUUUUGAGCUUGGCGUGCCGUGGGCGGUGUUUGCCUAUGCAGUCCUUUCAAUCUUCGCCAUGGCCUUGUGCAUCUAUGUGCGUUGGGUCCGCUUGGUCGCGGGCUGGUUAGGCGCCUUGGCCAUGGUGCUGCUGGUGUGCUGGGCCAGCGUGGGUCUGACGCCGUGGCGAGGCAAGCUCGCGGAGUUCCAGGGGCUCGACUACCAGCUCUUGCUGCACGGAUGGGCGUCAGGCGGCAAAAGCGCCUUCCUGACCAAGGAAGCAGAAGAGCUGUACAUGUCCAAGCUCAAAGGUUCCUGAUUUUCUGUGAGUACGGAUCGCGGAUCGCACUAGUCGCAAGCGAAGGCAUGCGCUCUAGUAGGCGAAGACAUAUCCGACAGACGACAGGGCACUUGGGACCUGCCACGUGUGUUCGGCA